AUGCUCGUUAUUUACCAGCUAACCGUGCUUCUAUGUCUUGAGCCCGCGAUGGCGGAGAAGCCGAAUACUAAUGCUACAGCCCGCGUUGCCGAGGAUUACAAGGCACAAAGUUUCCGAACUUUAGCAGACAAGGGUUACAUUGUGGUCAGCGCCGAUGGCAUGGGUACAAACUGGCGAUCCAAGCCAUUUCACGAUGUAUGCUACAACAUCAAGGAUGCCGAUCGCAUCGCUUGGAUGCGCGCCGCCGCCCGCAUCGCGCCCGUCGUUUUUUAA